AUGUCUAUAGCAGUACUAAGUAGAAAAUAUUUCAACCAAUUCUGUAUUGCUUAUGUAUGUUCAUUAACUGCUAAAAAAAUGUACGGACUUUCAUGCUACAAAACUUUUAACAAUUGGUAUAAUACAUUAAGCAAUGACUUGAAUCAAGUUCGAUGUAAGUCCUAUAAUCGUUUUUUGGACUAUUCGAAGAUACCUAAACUUCAAGAAGAUGAUUUGGAAGAACAAUAUAUAAGAGGAUCUGGACCCGGUGGCCAAGCAACUAAUAAAACAAGCAAUGCAGUACUUCUAAAGCAUAAACCUACAGGAUUAGUUGUAAAAUGUCAUGAAACUAGAAGUUUAUUUCAUAACAGAAAAAUUGCCAGGGAGAUUCUAUUAAAGAAACUAGAUAAUCUAAUAAAUGGCAAGGAUUCCCUUGAAAGUCAAGAGGAGCAUUUACUUAAAAGAGAUUUGAUUAAGAAGAAACAAAAGAGAAAGAAAUUAGCAGAUUUGAAGAAAUCGUUUGAGGAACGUGAAAACUUAAACAAAUAAUGGAAUAUGCAAAAUGAAUUAUUUUGAAAAUUUAUAAGGCCGGGUGGUACUAUAUAUUGGCAUUAUAUAUUGUUUCAU